UCGAAGGUCCCAAAACGUCCAUUCGAAUCCGAACGUCUCGACCAAGAACUCCAAUUAAUUGGUAGAUAUGGUCUUCGUAACAAGCGCGAAAUCUGGAGAAUUGGUUACACUCUUUCUAAGAUUCGUCGUGCCGCUCGUGAACUUCUUAUUUUAGAUGCCCACGAUCCACGUCGUCUUUUCGAAGGUAACGCUCUUAUUCGUCGUUUAAUCCGUAUUGGUAUCUUAGACGAAUCUAAGGCUAAGCUCGAUUACUGUCUUGGUUUAAAGGUUGAAGAUUUCCUUGAAAGACGUCUCCAAACCAGAGUUUGGAAGCGUGGUCUUGCCAGAUCAAUUCACCAUUCUAGAGUUUUAAUUAAGCAAAGACACAUUAGAGUUGGUAAGCAAAUCGUCGAUGUUCCAUCCUUCGUUGUCAGAGUUAACAGUGACAGUCACAUCGAUUUCGCUCUUAACUCAACCUUCGGUGGUGGUCGUCCAGGUAGAGUAAAGAGAAGAAACCUUGCUAACGCUGGUGGUGAUGAAGCUGCUGAUGAAGAAUAA